AUGAAUCUCAAGAAUCUCUUCAUCGCGGCCCUUUUAUGUACAGUUGCUACUGUGAAUGCCCGUCCGCGUCCCUGUGGAAGUUUCUGCAAGUUUAGGUUGUGCAACUUCGAUGGAGAUAGAACCACGCUUCCAAAGGCCUCUUUCACAAUUCUUGGUGCUCCAAGCACGGCCCAGCUCCCCUUCAUUUGUCGUCCUGGACAGAAAGUGGGUGAGGUUCUCAAGACUGGAGAGGCACAAGUGUUUGACAGUGGCCGCUACGUUCCGAUUUCAGAAUGGUCACCACGUGGGUUGAGGAGAAACUUUAUUUCCACAUACAUCAGGCCAUUCAAGGUUCCUGCCCUACCCCAUUCAGGCCUCGGUAGGUUGUCAAGCAGUGUCAAUCAGCAUUCAUUCCUUCAUGACCAAUGCAUGAUCAUACCCGUCAACAGAUAUGAAAUAAUCAACUACGCCACUGGACGCCCCACGAGGAUUCUGAACGCAUCAGGGAGGACUGAAUGCGUAGCCUUCCGUACGACUGCACCUACAAUUGAAGUGAAAUUGACAUGGGAUUCUCAAGAUGACUUCGACCUUGAGGUGGAGGAGCCCGAUGGGGACGUCUUGAGCUUUAGGAACACGAGGACAGAGUACGGAAAGUUGAACGGCGACAACAACGCUGGCAGAUGUGAUUCGGAUUCCGACCUUUUCUUCGGUAGAGAAAACGUUGUCUACUUCCCGAACCCUAACAUCGAAACCGGAAGAUACAAGGUGAGAGUGAUCCAUUAUAACAAAUGUUCGCGUCGCCCAACCAAUUGGAAGUUGAUGGUUGUGAUUAAUGGUGCUGUGAAGGUGAAACAGAGCAAGUUCUCCGCCGUGGAAGGACCCGAGACUGUUGGUACCGCAGCGUUCAAUUUCUAGACGAGCUAGGUGGACACUGUUAUAAUGACAUGAUUUGAGGCCAAAUGGUCGUUCAUGUUUAGAUAUGCCGCUCGCAUUUGUUGAUGGUAUGUGCGGAUGCGAGCUCCUUCCUUUAUGAAAUUUCGGUUACCCCCUGUUGUGUUCUUUAAUUCACAGCAGAGAAACCGUACAGUAAAACAUGGCGUUCAGUUUAGAAA